GCCUAAUCAUUCCGUUGAAGAAAACAAGACAGGAAACUCGAGAAAAUGGCAAGAACCAAGCAAACCGCCCGUAAAUCCACCGGAGGUAAAGCCCCGAGGAAGCAGCUCGCCACCAAAGCCGCCCGUAAGAGCGCACCAGCCACCGGCGGCGUCAAGAAGCCCCACCGCUACAGGCCCGGCACCGUGGCUCUGCGAGAGAUCCGUCGCUACCAGAAGUCCACCGAGCUGCUGAUCCGCAAGCUGCCCUUCCAGCGUCUGGUGCGAGAGAUCGCUCAGGACUUCAAGACGGACCUGCGCUUCCAGAGCUCCGCCGUCAUGGCCCUGCAGGAGUCCAGCGAGGCUUAUCUGGUCGGUCUGUUCGAGGACACCAACCUGUGCGCCAUCCACGCCAAGAGAACCACAAUGUCUGGAAGAGGUAAAGGAGGUAAAGGGCUCGGUAAAGGUGGCGCUAAGCGUCACCGUAAAGUUCUGCGGGAUAACAUCCAGGGCAUCACCAAACCCGCCAUCCGUCGUCUCGCUCGCCGCGGCGGGGUCAAGCGUAUCUCCGGUCUGAUCUACGAGGAGACCCGCGGGGUGCUGAAGGUGUUCCUGGAGAACGUGAUCCGCGAUGCCGUGACCUACACCGAGCACGCCAAGAGAAAGACCGUCACCGCCAUGGACGUCGUGUACGCGCUGAAGCGGCAGGGACGCACUCUGUACGGCUUCGGAGGAUAAACGCGUCCGUGUUA